AAAGACAAUAACAGUGACAGUUUCUUUAGAAAAUUAUGAAAGAUAAAACGGUUUGUUAUUGAAAUAAAACUUUACUUGCUGUAUAAAUUGGGAUCCUUCCAGACUUUCUGAGAAAUCUAUGGAAUAUUAAAUUUCAACCUAAGUGUAUUUACAAUACGAUAAUGUUCGUAAUAACCUAUUUUAAUAUUUUAUUUGUUGCCUUGUUUUUCGUUAACGUUACAAGCACUGCAAAUGUGAAAAACGAAAGAAAAAUUACAGGCAAAGUGGUAGUUGUCACGGGAGGAACAAAAGGUGUCGGUUAUGCUAUAGCUGAUAACUUCUUAAAAAACGGUGCUAAAGCAGGUAUUUUACUUGGCACAAAUGUCACGGAAGGUGAAAGAGCCGAGAGAAAACUAAAUUCCAAAUACGGAAAGAAUAAAGCUGAGUACAUUGAAUGUGACAUCACAACGGACUUAGACACAGUUUCAAAACGAAUCCUUAAGAAGUAUAGAUACGUGGAUAUACUUGUGAACAGCGAAACAAUAGCCGACGAAUAUAAGCCUAGGAGUAUUAUACUAAUAAACACCGUCGGUACGAUUGAAUGGUCAACUAGAUUUUUUAACAGCAUGAGAAAGGACAAUGGUCGAGGUAAGGGCGGUGCCAUUAUUAAUGUAGCGUCCGUGGCUGCCCAUAACAUUGAUCCUACAUAUGUCACAUACAGGGCAUCAAAAUUCGCCGUUUUAGCAUUCUCACAAUCACUGGGCCAUCUGUAUAAUUACAACAUUUCCGGUGUGAGAGUAAUCACACUGUGUCCAGGACCGACCGAUACGCCGUUAGUCUAUAAGGUUUAUUCCUUAUACGAUUUAGAUCUUGUAAAGAAAAUUAUUAAAUAUUAUAACUUUGCUAAAAUACAAUCGCCGGACAACGUAGGCAGAGGCGCGGUGGAAGUAUUCAGAAAUGCUGAAAGUGGCACGUCUUGGGAUAUCGCCGAUGACAAGCCUCCCGUCGAGUCGGCUAAUACCAUAAACAUAGUACCAUUCGAAGAGAUUGAUGACGAUGAGAACACUCAUGCGCAGAAGGAAAAUAAUGCCGAUAAUUCCAAUGACGAGUGUCCACUGAUUUCUACUGAGGUUGCACUUUAAAUUUUAAUACAUUUAAUAGACGAGUCGACCAAAGGAUUUUUUUCUCGAAAUAUUUUUAUGGGAAAAAAAUUUAAGUUUUGUGGAUUUAAAUAUUAUACUAAUACAGGUUUGUUAGUAAUAUCAAGUAUUAAUUUAUUAUUCCAAUAACUACGAACGUAUAGCUAUGUCUUUGGGAAUUUAAGUGGCACUUCAAAAAUAUCGUAAUUAUUAUUUUAGAGUUUAAAAAAUUUGACAAUUAAGAAAUGUUUGCUUAUUAAAAUAUGUCAUUGUAUUGAUUGCGUUCGUUGUAAUAUAUUAUGUAAACCUGUUUUUUUAUGGCCUUAGCUAGUUAUCUGAAUUUUAAUAAAAUACAUGGUAUUUAUCCGUUUUAUUUUAUUUUAUAAUGUCUUCAUGAAAAAAAGAAAAAAUUCUAAAAAAAAUAACUCGAUAAAUGUAAUUCCUCUCAUCUCGAUGGCGGAGAUCGGUGCGGAGGUGUUCAGAAUACACGUUCUUUUGAUUGUCAAUGAUGAGCAGAUUUUCAAAUCUUUCCCGUUGUCAAGUUGUUAGAUAAUGUUUCAAAAAAAAAAAAUCGUUAUGUCUUUUAAACAGUCGAUACAAGCCUGUUUAAUCCACAACCACUCCGAAGUGCUAUUAACGACUGGCGACACAAUAAAUAGAGCAAAACAGAAAUAUCCGGCCGCAGGGCCAUUUCUGGUUCUCACUACGGCUUACACGAAGCUUAGAAUAGUGGUGUAUUUUAAGUAAGGGUCUCUUUCGUAUUGGAGAGAGUUAAAGUCGUAGUUUGAAGAUAAUCCUAUCAACGGCUCCUAAAUUCUGAACGAUAUACGAGUGAACCCUGGUAUGAAAACUGUUUGCGGCAAAAUAGGGAGAAUCGAGGUGCUUUAUGGUAUAAUUACCAUUACUAACAUUUUGUGGGAGUCCAUUACGCCAUGCUGCUCAUUAAUUAUGAGACAAAAAUACGAUAUUACACAUAUAUCUAAUAUACUAUUUGAUAUAAUAUAAAAAGGAUUGGAUUGGAUAUAUGUAAGAAACACAAAAUUAUCAUAAGACUAAAACUCCAUCAAAAUACACAAAUAUACGUAUGUAUAUAUUUUAUUUAGUAUGAAUGCAGAAAUGUGUUUUCCAAAGAAACAAUAAAUCAUUAGUUCGAAUGGCACCGCCACAUAAAGCAACCGUAUUCCGCGUGUCCAACGAGGUCAUUUUCCAUCCUCGCUCAUGGGAGUUUCUUAUUGGGGCUUAACAGAGGUACAUUUUUGUGAGAAAGGUGUAAAAACGAAUGCAGUUGUGUAUCAAAAUACAGUCCUGACGAACCUUGUGGAACCUGUUUCUUAUACCAUGUUCAAUAACAGGCACUGGGUAUUCCAACAAGAUUCGGCGCCAACUCAUAGAGCGAAGAGCACACAAGACUGGCUGGCGGCGCGUGAAAUCGACUUCAUCCGGCACAAAGACUGGCCCUCCUCCAGUCCAGAUUGGAAUCCGUUAGAUUACAAGAUAUGGCAACACUUGGAGGAAAAGGCGUGCUCAAAGCCUCAUCCCGAUUUGGAGUCACUCAAGACAUCCUUGAUUAAGGCAGCCGCCGAUAUUGACAUGGACCUCGUUCGUGCUGCGAUAGACGACUGGCCGCGCAGAUUGAAGGCCUGUAUUCAUAAUCACGGAGGUCAUUUUAAAUAAACUUUAGUGUCAUAAGAAUCUAUGUUUUGUUAAGUUCCUUUUGGUAUAUGAAUGGUUACAUAAUGAAUAAACUUGUUUCAAUUAUUUUACAUUAAACAUGUGACAGAAUUUAUGACCUGACUAGGUAUAAUUACAAUAGGUACGGUGUGAGAGUUUUGACGCUGUGUCCAGGACCAACAAACACGACACUUGUGAAUAAUGUGUAUAAUUUGUACGAGAGAAAACUAGUAGAAAAAGUUAUUAAGUAUUACAACUUUGCCACUAUACAGUCAUCGGAUAAUGUCGGAAGAGGUGCCGUGGAAGUAUUUAGAAGUAGUGAAAGUGGUAAAUCUUGGGAUAUUGUGGACGAAAAACCACCCGGGGAGUCUCCAAAUACUACAACGGUAAUGCCAGAAGUUUGAGGCGACUUUCUUUGGUUUUGACCGAUUAUUAGACCAGUAGUAAAAAAUAAAUUAUACUUUUAACGAGUCACAAGCUUAUAAUAUAAAGUUCAAUCAUUUUUAAAUAAUGAACCGACAAACAAUGCUUCAGCCAAGAUGUGAGGAAGUUGAGUUGUAUUCCUGUAAACUGACGAUUCAAAAUUUGUAUUUUAGAACAUGUUUUUUAUGCAAGAUUAUUUUAAAAAACGUCGUUAGCACGAUUCAAGAUUUUUUCUGGGCUUUCUUCGACUCUGUGAUAGCUAGAAUAUAUUUUUUCAAUAUUCAUAAUAUCUCUAUUAUACAGAGACAUAACUUUUUCCUUAUAAAUGUAUACUGUGACGAUAUUCACUUGUCAAAUGACUGUAACAAACUGACAGACUAUUACAUUUGGAAAUUAGCUAUGGCCUUCUAAAGGCUUCCAAAUAGACUCAUUUUUCACUAAAUUAAAAUUAAUUUUAUUACAGUCCAUGUUGUCGAAUCCAAUUCCUACUGAUUUAAGCCAACGCUGGUUGUUGUAAUCUAACCAAAACUAUGGCAAGUUAGUAUCUGAUUAACGGUCAAUAAUGAUCUUACUUAGUUUUUUUAGUAUUAAUUAUUUUUUGGUAUAUAAAACUUGUUUUGUGUAUUAAAGCAUUAGUGUACAAGCAAUAUUUGAGUCCAAACAUUGAUGACUUUUUUGUUGAGUAACUGUGUUAUAUGGUAACUUACCGUUCGAAAUAAAGUGCAUUUUUGUGUAGCAGCAGCCCGCAGUAAUUUAGUAGCAAAUUCUCAGGAUCUAAACAAACUACGUCAUUCGGCGCUAACCAAAAUAUAAAAAGACAAAUGCUUCUCUACUUUUAAAUGUCAGCGCUUUGGCCUUCAUAACUGUGUUAUUUUAAUGAAAUGCUAAUAUCAGAUUAUCAUUCUUGGAGACCUAUUUAGACAAAUACGAAGUAUUUAAUUAAAAAAAAAAAAACAAUAUCA